AUGACAACGGCAACCGAUGAUCCUGCUAGUGUUGCCAAGGCAAAGUGGUUCAACAUUUACAAUCUCAAACCCAACUUGUCCUGGACCUUGGCGAGUAAAGGCAAACCCUUGCCAUAUUGGGCUCCCGCGUGGGAAUCCCUCAGCGUCUCGGCAAUGUACGACCAUGCGCUUGCGCAGCAACAACAACAAAAAAUCCCAAUGCCCACCCAACUCGAGGCCAUGGCAUCCAUUCAAGUUCCCAGCAUUGACACGAAUCUUCAAAUUCAACCCAUUUGGAAUUUGUCGCGCAAUUUGAAAACCUUGCUGGUCCAAGUCCAAAAGGGACCCUGUCAAUUGUUGGCCAAGGUGCUGGCCAAUCAGGGAUUGGCGGCAGUAAAAGGUUGUUGGCAGUCGCCCGACGAUUGGCAAUACGGCGCCCUGGGUGGGAUUCGCAUCACGCCCCAAUACGAUUUGACGAGGCAUCAACCCUCGUGCAAGUUUGAAGCGACUACCAGUACGCAACAAACCAAGACGGUCCUUCAUUUGGAACAUCACAAUCCUACCUUGAAGAUAGUUCACGCCUUGGAUGAUCGCCACGUCAUUGCUCCCGAAAUCUCCUUGUACAAUGCCAAGAUUACCUACCAAUGGGAUCUCAAACUGAAUUCGGGUAGUCUCAGGACCUUGGUGGAUCCCACCAAGGCCAUUCAAAUGACCUGGACGGAUUUGACGCCGACGGGGAAAUGGGUGACCGAUGUGCGAUUGCCCUUGGUGGGGACGACCUGGAAGCAACUGGCGGCCGAUGUACGAGUCCGACGGCAAUUUCAAUUUUAA